CAAAGUGUGAAACUGUCCGCGGGGUUAAUCCUACCACCUAUCUUGUGGAAUCCACGCGCAAUUGGUUUAGAGUCGCUCUUUUUCCGUGUUCAACUCCUAAAGCUUAAAGGAUGGACCCCAUCACAACUGCCAUCGUAUGCAUUGAAUUCCAGAAUGAAUUUGCGACUCCCGGUGGCAAACUGCACGAUGCCGUUAAAGCAGUCAUGGAAAGCACAAACAUGCUUGAGAAGAUCAAGAAGGUGACCGAGGAGGCGCGGAAGAAGGGUAUCACCGUCAUCCAUGCGCCCAUUACUUUCUCGGAUGAUUACCAUGAGCUGUCUUCCUCGCCGUACGGCAUCCUGGCCAACGUCAAGGCGGGCGGCGCCUUCAAGGCUUCCGAGUGGGGUGGCGCCAUCUGCGAGGCCAUGACGCCCCAGCCGGGGGACGUGGUGGUGCAGGGCAAGCGGGGGCUGUGCGGCUUCGCGUCAACAAACCUGGACUUCAUUCUGCGCCAGCGCGGCAUCCGCACGCUUGCCCUCAGCGGCUUCCUGACUAACUGCUGCGUGGAGUCCACCAUGCGGUCGGCCUACGAGCGGGGCUACCGAGUCAUCACACUCACCGACUGCUGCGCGGCAACCAGUCAAGAGCAGCACGAUGCUGCCGUCAACUUCACGUACCCCAUGUUCUCGCUGCCCAUGAGCGCGGAGGAGUUCCUGCAGAAGAUGACGGAGGCGGCGUAGAGAGGGGGGGAGAAAAGAAGAAUACCCAAUGUGUUGAAUGCUGGACGACGAGCAUUAAGACGACGAGCUCCACAGAGAGGGGGAGAGAGGGGGAAGGAGAGGCGUAGACGUAGCCGUAGCUGCUGGCGAGUACAUGCUCCUUGUGUGGGUGGUGUCGUGGAUAUAGCAAGAGCUUAUCUUACAAGGUAAUAUGCUCGGCAUGGGGGUUGUUGCUGCUUAAGGUGGCUUGGAAUGAGCUUAAAGUGAAACCGAAUGUACGUCAUGAAAACUGGCAGCGGGUGGCGGUGUGCGUGUUAGCGCAAGAACGCCGAGCGCAACGUACGGUGGCCUUGCACCUUGCAACUCACCUUGCAGGUGUGUCUCUAUUGCGUGGUCCGUAGCCAUGUAUAAAUGCAGCAAAGUGCACAAAGGCGUAUGGGAAAGAGAGAAGCACACAUAGCUGGAGGCCCGUGGGGCCAGCCCGUGUUGCCUGUGUGAUUGCAAGUAGCCUAGUAGUCCUACUCAGAUAUUUGCGAAAUGAGUGCAAGUAGAGAGAGUGUGAGGGUCGUGAUGGCAGUCGGCGGGAGGUGGGUAAGGUGAGUGUGGCAAGAAUUGUUUGGUGGAUACCGGUUCGGUAGUGGUUGGCAGUUGGUUGAGGGGCUUGAGGUGACGUACGUGCGGUAGUGGUUCCGGGUUGGCUGACGUGUCUGACGUGUUUCGGGGCAUCAUCCCGGCAGACCUGUCAGCACUGGCUGGGAUCUGCAUUGCUUUUGGCCUAUCCUCCCAGGUCGGGAAAGGUGCUGUAAGCUCCUAAAGGUAG